AUGCUAAGUGCAGCGGAAAGUGCUCUUCUGUUUGUUGCCACUUGUGAAGCUGUGCUGGGAGUGUUAGGAAACACAUUCAUUGCACUUGUGAACUGCAAAGACUGUGCCAAGAGCAAGAAGCUUUCUAAGAUUGGCUUCAUUCUCACUGGCUUGGCAACUUCCAGGAUUUGUAUUUUAUGGAUAAUAAUGAUUGACUUAUAUAUAAAAUUAUUCUCUAUACAUGUAUUUACCUAUAGCAUCCUAUAUGAAAGCCUUAAUUAUUUAUGGGUAAUUAUGAACCACUUGAGCAUCUGGUUUGCCACUAGCCUCAGCAUCUUCUAUUUCCUGAAGAUAGCCAAUUUUUCUCAUUAUGUAUUUAUCUGGCUGAAAAGGAGAGCUGAUAGAAUUUUUAUCUUCCUAAAUGGAUGCCUUCUUGUCUCAUUGCUUAUUGAUAUUCCACAAACUGUGAAGCCGAUUAAUGACACUAAAAUGCAAUAUACAAACAUGUCCUGGCACAUUCACCUACAGGCAAAUGAGUUACUUAUUAAUCACAUCAUUUUUCAAUUUGGAAUUGUUUUCUUCUUUCUGAUUGCUGUCAUUACCUGUCUCCUGUUGAUCAUUUCCCUUUGGAGACACAACAAACAGAUGCAAUUGAAUGUGUCACGAUUCCAAGACCUCAACACAGAAGUUCAUGUGAAAGCCAUGAAGGUUUUAAUUUCUUUUAUCAUCCUCUUAAUCUUAUAUUUUAUAGGUCUGGCCAUGGAAAUAUACUUUUUUUGGCAAGAAGACACAUUGCUAUUUGUUCUUGGUAUGAUAAUUAUGUCCAUGUAUCCCUGCUGUCACUCGUUUAUUCUAAUUCUAGCAAACAGCCAGCUCAGGAAAGCCUCUUUAAGGUUAUUGCAACAAUUUAAAUACUGUGACAAUGAAGAUCUUGCAAGCACACAGCAGUGUGGCACUGACUUGAGUGCCCUGAAAUAA